GGGAGCCUGACCGACGGCGCGCUGCCCGCGCUCGCCGAGCCGCACGAGGGCGGCGGCGUGCGCGUGCUCGCGGGCGGCGGCGGCGCGGCGGCCACUUUUGCCCCGCCCGAGCCGGCGGAGGCUGGCGGCGACGGCGCCGUCGCGCCGCUCAUCGCCGCGCCGCUCCCCGCCUCCUCACCCGCGAUGGGCGGGCCGCUGAGCGGGGGGGGCGUCGUGGCUGCGACCACUGCGCCGCUCUCGUUUGGCGGCGAGCCGCUGCAGGUCGCGAGCAUCGACGCGCCGACCGACGACAACCUUUUUGCAGAGCCCGUGCUAACGGAGCCGCUCUCGCUCAACGGAGGAGACUCCUGCAGGUGGCGUCCGUCGUGCCGCUGCCGCCCGGCGCGGGGGGCGGCGACAACUAGUCG